AGGAAGUGCUCUCUUGGCCGCCGCCGCCGCCGCCGCCGCCGAGGCCGCGCCGGAGGGGUUGCCCGAGCCGCGCUGCGGGGGCCGAGAUGUCGUCCCGGCCGGGGCGCGAGGACGCGGGGGCUGGGAGCGCGCGGCGGCCGCGUGAGCCGCCCGAGCAGGAGCUGCAGCGACGUCGGGAGCAGAAGCGGCGGCGGCACGACGCGCAGCAGCUGCAACAGCUCAAGCACCUGGAGUCCUUUUAUGAAAAACCUCCUCCUGGGCUUAUCAAGGAAGAUGAGACUAAGCCAGAAGAUUGCAUACCAGAUGUACCAGGCAAUGAACACGCCAGGGAAUUUCUGGCUCAUGCACCAACUAAAGGACUUUGGAUGCCACUGGGGAAAGAAGUCAAAGUGAUGCAGUGCUGGCGUUGCAAACGGUAUGGUCACCGAACGGGCGACAAAGAAUGCCCUUUCUUUAUCAAAGGCAACCAAAAGUUAGAGCAGUUCAGAGUGGCACAUGAAGAUCCCAUGUAUGACAUCAUACGAGACAAUAAACGACAUGAAAAGGACGUAAGGAUACAGCAGUUAAAACAGUUACUGGAGGAUUCUACCUCAGAUGAAGAUGGGAGCAGCUCCAGUUCCUCUGAAGGUAAAGAGAAACACAAGAAAAAGAAGAAGAAAGAAAAGCAUAAGAAAAGAAAAAAAGAAAAGAAAAAGAAGAAAAAACGGAAGCACAAAUCUUCCAAGUCAAAUGAGAGUUCCGACUCAGAGUGACAAGGAUGUGACUUGUUCAACAUUCUCUUCUCAAACACUGACGAAGGAACAGAGGAAGAUGCAGUCAGAGCAAGUAGCAGGAUAGAGAGGCCGAGAGAGGAGGAUACGUGGGUCACAGCAGUGAGCUCCCACCCGCCUUCCAGUGAAGAUGUCACUCCAGGAGAGGGAGUGCCUCCUUCCAAGUGCUAGCUCUGGAUAGCCGCUGAUCUUAGGUAGGAAAGUUUCUUUGGUGUUGUCCUCCCUGCUGGUCACAUGAGUUUACGAUUCCUUUGAAAUGUCUCCCGCAGGAUGGCAGGACUGGGGGAGUCUCUGAGGUGUGUCUUCCAUGCCCUCCCACAGCUUGUGCCCUCCACAGUGGGGACUCAGGUCCCAUAGAUAUCAGGCUGGAGUCUUCUCUGUUGUUAAGAAUAAUAAAAGCUCAUUAUUUAUUUUUUAAA